AAUGGUGUCAUAGAUUUGUUGAUGUUUGUGUUGGUGUUUACUGUCGAUUGUCGAAAAGAGAAAACGUCAGUGUGAUGACAUAAAUAACAUAGAGAAAGUAAAAGAGAAAAAAAUAAAAAACAAAAUUACUCCAAUAUCUUUUUCAUCAUUAAAUUAAAUAAUUAAUUAAAAAUAAUUAACGUAAAUAUUAUUAAUCUAAUUUGUUAAUUAUCCUAAAAGUGUUGUAUUAAAUUAUUUAUAAAAAAAAAAAAAAAUAGAUAGAAACAAAAAAGCAUCAACAACUUUGAUAAAAAAAAUGCAAGCUGGUAGAAAUGAUACAUCUGAAAGAAGAUUUGAAAUUGAAUGUAAAUUAGAAAGUGAAAUAGCAGCACUUGAAGCACUACGUGAUGCUGAAGAAAAAAGUAGAAAAUUAACAAAUGGUGUUGUUGCAAUAUUAACAUCACUUGAACAAAGAUUAGCAACAUUACGUCGUACAAUAUUACCAGUAUACAAUGAAACAGGUAAUUUACAAACUCAACAACAUAAUAUUGAACGUACAUUAACAGCAUUAGAUAAUGCAAUUGGUUAUUAUGGUGUAUGUGAAGAAGUUGAAACAUCAGUUAAAAAUGGACCAAAUGGUGCUGGUGGUAUUGAUGGUUUUCUUGAUUCAAUGAAUAGACUAUACAAUGCUGAACGUUAUUUUCAAAAAAAUAAUCCAACAUCUGUUGAAUUAGUUAAUAUAUCAACAUUAUUUUCAAUUGGUUUAGAUUUAUUAUGUACUGAAUUUAAUGAUAUUAUAACACGUCAAAGUAAACCAAUAUUACCAAUAGUAUUAUUGGAUUUAAUUGGUACUGAUGAUGAUACAACAAGUAAUAAUGAAGAUGGAUCAUUAUCAUUAAAUCAAUUAUCAGAUAGUGUUAUUAAUGAUCUUAUUAAAAUAGCUGUAUGGUUAGAUGAACGUGGUCAUCGUCGUCAUGCUGAUAUAUAUUCAUCAGCAAGAUCAUCAAUUGUAUUACGUUCAUUACAAUUAUUAAAAGAACAUCAACGUAGUUCAAGUGGUGGUAGUACACAUGCUAGUAGUCCAAUGCCAAGAUCAAAAUUUUCACAUCGUUAUUCACUUGGUGGUGGUAGUGGUGGAGGUGGUGCAGGUGGUGGAGGUAGUAUUGGUAGUAUUGGUACAACUGGUAUUGGCAGUGGAAAUGGUAAUAGUGGAAAUAGUGGAAAUGGUAUUGGUGAUAUAACUGGAAGACGUACACCAAGACGUUUACAGCAUGCUAUUGAAAAAAAAGCAAGUAAAAUGUUAAUGCGUGCAUCACAAACAACUGGUUUAUCAUUUCCAACUUCACGUAAACCAUCAUUAAAUCAACCAUCAAGUUAUUAUUUAUCAGAUGAUGCUGCACCAGAUGAACAAGAAAUGGAUAAUUAUUUAUUAUUAACAGCUGGUUUACAUAAAUUAAUGCAAGCUGAAAGAUGUAUGAUAUCAAAAAUAAUACCAUUAUUAUUACAACCACAAGUACUUGAAGCAACAGUACGUGAUGCUAUGGAUCUUGUUGCUCAUGAUGGUGAAAGUAUUGCAACACGUGCUAAAAGAUGUAUUGCUAGACGUGAUUAUUCAUCUGUACUUGUUGUAUUUCCAAUUUUAAAACAUCUUGGUGAAUUAAAACCUGAUCUUGAAAGAACUGUUGAGGGUUGUGAUUAUGCAUUAAGAUCAAAAUUUGCAUCAGUAUUAAAUACACUUAAUUCAACUGCAGCAAAAGCAUUAGAAGAUUUUGCUGAAAGUGUUAGAAAUGAAUCUGGUCCAGCUCUACCAAAAGAUGGUACAGUUGCUGAAUCAACAAGUAAUGUACUUGUAUUUCUUGAACAACUAUCUGAUAAUGCUGAAACAGCUGGUAUUGUACUUGGUAAAAAUAAUGAAGUUGAAUCAAUUCCAACAUCAAGUGCUAAACAAAUUGAUAAUUAUCGUAUUCUUCUUGGUGUAUACAUAAAAAAAGUAUUGGCACAAUUAAAUCUUGCUCUUGUUAGUAAAAGUGAUGCAUCAUAUUCAGAUCUAGCAUUACGUGCAUUAUUUCGUUUAAAUAAUCAUAAUUAUGUUAUUGAUAAAUUACGAAAUAGUUUAUUAAUGGAACUAUUACUAUUAGCUGAACCAACUGCUGAUCAAACAUAUCAAGAUUUUUUAUUAAAAGAUAAAACAAAUUAUGUUUCUACAACAUUUUUAAAAGCUCGUUCAUAUCUUGAACAUUCACUUGAUGAAACUGAAAUAACUGCAAAAUCAUUGAAAGAACGUUUUUCUGGUUUUUCACGUGAACUUGAAGAUACAGCUAAAAAUCAACGUUCAUAUUCAGUGCCUGAUGGACGUUUACGUGAAUUAUUACGACGUGAAUUACAACAGGCAAUUGUGCCAUAUUAUACAAUAUUUUACAACAAAUAUCGUAGUGCACCAUUUUCUAAAAAUCCAGGAAAAUAUAUAAAAUAUACACCAGAACAAGUCAUCAGUCUGAUUAAAAUGUUUUUUGAUACAUCAGCAUAAAAAAUCACAAUUGUGCAAUGAUAUAAUAUAUUUUUUUGUUAAUUAAAAAAAAUAAUAUAUAAUAUAUAAUAUAUUUAACGCUAUUAAUAUUUAGUAAACACCCAUUUAAUAAAGAAAAAUUUUAUUACAAUAUUUAAUGAUUUAUUCAUUUUGUUUUUUAAAAAAAGCUGUGAGCUUUUUAUCUUGCUUUAAUCUUAAUGUAGACAUUAUUAUAUUGAGAGAAAUUAAUUUUAUCUAAAUUCAUUUUUUUUUUAAAAUCAAUGUUACCAAAUUUAUUAUUAAAUAUUUAUUCGAGACACAUUUCUUUACAAGACAAUUGGAUUAUUUUUAAAUAAAUUUUAUUAAUAAUUGUUUGUUUUUUUUUUUGUAUAUUUAUUUUUAUUUUUUUUCUAUGUAAAUAAAAUUGAAUCUAACGUGAUAACCAUAAUAAUUGUUAAAAAAUAACAGCCCGGCCCCAGUGUGUUUUUUUUUUUUCAUUUAUUUUUUGCUGUUUUGUUGAUUUAUCAAAACACACUCAUGCAAUUUUUUUUUUUUUUUUUGUAUAUACUCGAAUAUAUAUGUAAAAAACAAUUAACGCUUUUUUUUUUUUUGUCAUAAGUUGAUAUUUUUUUAAAGUCGAUUAGGAGCUGACACAUAACGACACGAUGAUGACAUACAAAUAAGUUUGAACUCUAGCAAUUAUUUACAAAUUAUUUGCCAUUUCAUCACUCGUUCAACACCUUU